GUGCUGCCUGCAGCAGGCAGGUCCUCGCCGUGAGGGGUGUGUCAUUAAUAAGUAAUUAGCCAGGGGUCACGCCAGCCACUUAUAUAAGAGGCCCUCGCAGCCAGACGCAGUAGCUUUACGCACGGUUUGGAGCAGAGGCACGGACUGAGCCGCAGCUCUGCGUCCACUACUCCCUUCUUUUUCUUUUUUUUCCGCCUCGCUCCACUCGCAGCAGCCGCGUCGCCGUCGCCGUUCCCGGGGGCUUUCUUUCCACCAACCCGCCUCCUUCUCCAUCCUUGCUUUUUUUUCAAAAAAAGGAGAAGUCAACAUGGGCUCCGUGCUUCCCGCCGACGCUCUGGCCCUCAAGUCUGGAUUUAAGUGUCCGAGCCGCGCUCUGUCGGACGUGAUCACGUCGGACAUCCUGCACAGCUUCCUGUACGGCAGGUGGAGGAACGUGCUGGGCGAACACCUGACGGAGGAGCGGCAGAGCAGCAGCCCCAAGACCGCCUUCACCGCCGAGGUGCUGGCGCAGUCUUUCGCUGGAGAGGUGCAGAAGCUGUCCAGCCUGGUGCUGCCCAGCGAGGUGAUCAUCGCCCAGAGCUCCAUCCCCGGAGAAGGUCUGGGCAUCUUCUCAAAGACCUGGAUCAAAGCCGGAACCGAAAUGGGCCCAUUCACUGGGAGAGUCUUGUCCCCUGAACACGUGGACCUGCUCAAGAAUAACAACCUAAUGUGGGAGGUGUUUAACGAAGACGGCACCGUGCGUUAUUUCAUCGACGCGAGUCAGGAGGAUCAGCGCAGCUGGAUGACCUACAUCAAGUGCGCCAGGAACGAACAGGAGCAGAACCUGGAGGUGGUGCAGAUCGGCAGCAGCAUCUUCUACAAGGCGGUGGAGACCAUUCCUCCAGACCAGGAGCUUCUUGUCUGGUAUGGGAACACCCACAACACAUUCCUGGGAAUCCCUGGAGUUCCUGGAGUCGAGGAGGAGCACCAGAAAAAAAGCAGAAAUGAUGAGUCCCACUCCUGUGACGGCUCUUCCUCGUGCUCGCCCUCCUCCUCCGCCUCCUCCUCCUCCUCCGCGGCCACCACCGCCGGCCGCAUGCGCUGCGUCAUCUGCCACCGCGGCUUCAACUCCCGCAGCAACCUGCGCUCGCACAUGCGCAUCCACACGCUGGACAAGCCGUUCGUGUGCCGCUUCUGCAACCGCCGCUUCAGCCAGUCGUCCACGCUGCGCAACCACGUGCGCCUGCACACCGGCGAGCGGCCCUACAAGUGCCACGUGUGCCAGAGCGCCUACUCGCAGCUCGCCGGCCUGAGAGCGCACCAGAAGAGCGCGCGGCACAAGCCGGUGGCGGCCGGCGCCGACGCGGCCCCCCAGGUGUCGCCCCCCCCGCCGCAGAUUAGCGCCAUAGCGCACCAGCACCCGAUGCCCCUCGUGCACCACAUCCCCACCAUGGUGCUAUGAUGACGCAAACACGGCGGGACAGUCGGGAGGAACAACGUUGCACUUUCGUGAGAGCGGAGCUCCCGGAGGAGGACACUCCUCAGGGUGGAAACAGACGUGGUGUUAAAGCAUUUCACAAAGACAUUCAAAUGUGUUGCCUUAUUUAAAUUGCAGAGCGAUGUUUUAAUGUUUGUAUUUUGGAACUUUAAAAAAACACCUAUGUUACAAGACUGGGUCAUUUUGGUAACUAAAACGUGUCAAAUGUCACUUGAUCAAAUGUGAGACGAGUCAAAUGUUUUCAACAUGUUUUACAUUUUACAUUAUAUCUCCUAAAGAUCGUUUGAGCUCGCACUCAGAGAUUUUAGUCAGUAGAAACGAAGACCCAUCGCUCCAUAAUGUAAACAGAACCUGUCACUUUAACCUUUAAGACUUUGGAAAAUGGUGUCAUUGUAAAAUUGUAUUGUACGCUACUGUACAUGUGAAUGUAAAUAUAUUUGUGUUUUCUUCUAUUCUAAAUAAAUGAUAUGCUCCAAUACA